AUGGCCAUAAUGUCUCGAGGCCGGCCAGAAAAGCCCUUCCGGCCAAAGAAUACAAAAGGCGGAACCCCCUCCUCCCGAAAACACCACUUCGAAUCCUUCUCCCAGCGCAUCGCAAAGCUUAGCAUCGACCCAGUACGCCGAGUUCGCCGCCCCACCGACGACGACGGAGACGUUACCGCGAACUUCUCAUACUUCAAGACCUCCUUAGACGAUUGGAGGGACCGCAAUAUCUCCGAAGACUUCACCAAAUUCUCCCGAGAAGUCAACUCUCUUUGCGAAAGCCUCCCCCAAAUCCUCCACCAUGGCGACCGCAUCCUGGACAUACUGCUGGAAUAUAUUGAGAAGGGGGAUAUCUGGAGCUUGGAACCGCUCUUGAACCUUGUGGGCCAUUUCGCGCACGAUCUGGGUGUGCGAUUCGAGAAACACUUUGCGCGAACAGUGUCGAUUGUUUCCCAGCUCGCUGCUACUAGGCAAGAACCUGAGAUUAUCGAAUGGAGCUUUACUUGCCUAGCAUGGCUCUUCAAGUAUCUAUCGAAACUCCUCGUACCAGAUCUGCGACCACUUUUCGAUCUGAUGGCACCACUUCUGGGGAAACGGCAACAAAAGUACUUCGUUAUGAGGUUCGCCGCAGAAUCUCUCAGCUUUCUAUUCCGGAAAGCAACAGCGUCAUACCACAGGGAUAAAACCCCACUGGAAAACAUCUUCGAGCACAUCGUCAAAGAUUUGCAGGGCUUUUCGGACCAGAAGAACAUCGAUCAGUACAAGCAAGGCCUGAUGGUCCUCAUCACAGAGUCUAUAAAAGGUGUACAGAACGGCGUACAUUCUGGUGGACAAGUCAUCGUGCAGGAACUGAUGGCUCAGACCUACGCUUCUCUCAAAUCUCGCGAAUAUCAAGAGCCAUCUUCUGCUAUUGAGGAUGUUCUGAAAGGCGUGGUGACUGCGCUGAUUCAUCACACCAAUUCCACUACUUUCAAACCACUUCUUACCGCAAUUCUCAAGCAGAUAAGACUCCAUAACUCCCCUGAGAGAGAGGACGGUAUCCGACUCUCCGCCCAGCUGAUCUUCUUGGUCUCUGGUGUGCGGAAAGGCAAUCGUGUUGAGGAUUGGAAAGACGUUCUAGAGACCCUAGAUUCUGUCACCGCUGGCAUUGAGGGAAGUCGUUAUUCGACAGCCUACGCCAACGUGCUAAGUGCAUAUGCGGUUGUUUUUCAGAGUUGCCCUCUAGAAGCAUCAAUAUCUCACCUCAGAGUUCUUGAACGCUUCACCACUGAACCUUGGGAGUCUCAUUUUUUGCCAUUUUGCAUGUUCUUUGCAAGCUUGGGCUCCGAGCGAUUUGGGACCUUGCUUUUGCCGCAUUUUAGAAGAUUCAUUGCUUCAAAAUGGCAGACCCACGGUGACGAACUUUGUGUCGUAUUGCCUCGCCUAUCCCAAAACUCGGCCAUCCCAUCUCAAAGUUUGAAGUGCCCCGUCGAAUGGCAAGAACAAGCUGUCACACUAUUCAAUACAAUUGCCGAGACGACUCAUAGUCGCAAGGAUGCGCUAAUUUACAAGUGUAACGGCUUCAUUUCCGCAAGUCAGACCCUUGCAAUAGAUCCUUCUCACAAAGAAAAUAUGCUGAAGAGCAUUUCGAGUCUUUUCGACAAAGUGUUACAAUCGCCUCAGUCUAGUACCGAUUCACCUAGGAACAUAUUCGCUUUCGGUACUGGCUUCUCGUAUUUGAUCAAAAGCGGACACAAUUUUGAAUCACUCCAAGGCCAAUGGCAAUCUUUAUGUCUCGCAUCCACGAACUAUGGACAUCAUAUACAUUAUUGGCAGGCACUUCUCUCCUUGAUAACUAAGGGACCGCAGGCUUUUGACUUCAGAGGACCGCACAUGGAAACAUUGAAAGCUGCCCUGUUGCCAUGUCUCGGGUCACCGUCGCACGGUCUACGGCUGGCAGCACUGGAAGUACUCAGUGUUAUUGUUUCUACUCUGCAAGGCGAGAUAUGUCAGAUCCUAUCCACGGCCAUUCUGAUCGAAGAGAGUCCCAUCGGCAUAGAAACAUCACGCUCACUUUCUAUGAAUAUGAGAAAGCUAGCUACCAGCUAUAAAUCCGUAGCUUCGGAUCCUUGGCUUUCAACAGCAAUCCCGCAAUUCUGCUUUGGGCUUCUGCAUGUCAGAUUUGCCCAGCUCUGGGAUGAUUCAUGCUCAGCCCUAAAAGAAAUAUGUGCAACCAGCGAAGGGGAAGCGGCAGUUUCGCAGAUUGCGUUUGCUUGGCUGGAAAGCAUUCCGGACCAUCCAGAAAUACAAGCUCCGAAAAACGAUGAGGCCAAGUCUACAGAGCGCAUGUCUGAGUUCGAAUGCAGCAAUGUCAAUCAUCUAAUCGUUGUCAUCGAAGAUACGCAGAAAGUCAACGACGAAGCUUCCUCGCAGCUGAAAGACCUUUUCGAAUCUCAGCAUCAGCCAGCCCAUCUAAUUUCUUCUGCCAACAGAACUCAAGCACUUCGUGUUCUCAAUGCAAUUCCACACGUCGCUGAGAAACGGUCGCGACUUCUAGUGCCGGUACUUCUCGAUUGGGUAUCAAAGACGGAUAUCAAUACCAACCAAGAAGCUUCCGAGGACGACGCCGUAGAUGCUGAAGAAGCGCAGCCCCUUCGGUGGGCUCGAAAAGAACAGAAGGCUAUGCUUUCGCUGUUCGCGCAAUUCGUUAAUCCCAAGGUCUUGUACAAGUCGACCGAAGUCUACUCGACGCUGCUUUCUCUUCUCGAAAAUGGAGAUGUCGAAAUCCAAAAGUCCGCCCUCAAGGCUAUUCUGACGUGGAAGAACGCUGCGGUUAAUCGAUACGAGGAGAAUCUCUUCAAUCUCCUUGACGAGGCUCGAUUCCGGGAGCAGAUAUCUGUGUUUCUAGACAUUGGCGACGACGAGGAUAAUAUCCAAGAAGACCAUCGUGAAGCGCUUUUACCAAUCAUACUACGACUGCUCUACGGCAGAGUCGUUAGUCGAUCUGGGUCAGCAAGUGGGAAACGAGGCCAGGAAUCCCGACGAAAGGCCGUCUUUAUCGCGUUGACAAGAUUAGGAGAGGGCGCCACCGCUCAGUUCCUAGACAUUGCUCUUGGGCAGCUCAAAGACAUCUCGAUUAUCCAGAACAAAAGUCUCAACGAGGAUCUUGUAAGACAAGAUAUUCUGGAACCCAGAAAGCAUUUCGGCCUCCUCAACAUGUUCGAAGACUUCAUCAACACUCUUCAGGCCACAGUUCUGCCAUAUGUCCCAAGAAUAGUGGAUCCUCUGCUAUACUGCUUGAUUCGGGCUAGCCGCGGUAUCAGCGAACACGAUGCCGGAGCUUCCCUUCCGCAAAAUGCUCCAUUGUCACUGCUGAAAUCUAUCAGACAAGUAGGAUUUCACUCACUGAAUAUGUUUUUCGAAAGCUGCCCAGAAUUUGCUUGGAAACCCUAUGUACCUGUCAUUAUCCGGGAGCUGGCCGAACCAAGACUGGAACGACUACCUAACGAGACAGCCCAUUCCAUUUCUGGGCUUCUCAGAUUAUUUUCGGUAUGGGCCAAGUCGCUCUCGACCGCAUUGUUUCUCGUAACUUGCAACCCUGAUAUCUUGACUAAGAUUUUGAAAUGCCUCGAGGUCCCUUCUGCAAAAGACGAGGUAAAGCUAUUCGUGUUGAACGAUAUCUUGCGAAGUAUUGUUAAGCUUGUCCACAUCGGCAACGAGGUAUCCACUGCCAACGCGGACGAGCUGAGGGACGAGGUCCGAAGCCAAAUUCUGGAACCAUAUUCCAACAUGUUCUUGACGCAGAUCGGAAAUCUACUGCGCAAAGGCCCUAGCAAGGAUCUUUUGGAGACUGCCGUUGGCUGUGUCGCAGAUCUAGCACCAUUCGUCGUCGGUUCCUCCGAGUCACAGAACUUGAUCGAGAUAGCAACUUUCCUAUUACGGCAACCUACGAAGCGUGUCAAUCCACAAACCAAAGGAAACCUCCUAAAGAUUCUCCACGAAUUCAUUCCUCGAUGUGAUCUUGGGGCUACAGGUAUAUUCGACGACAUAUUCAGUGUCACAAGCUCGCUGUUCGCCUUCUUCAAGGAUCGUCCAAACAGACAAGUUCUUUGCGCUAUUAUCAAAGAUCUAUCCGAAAGCCAUGUCGAUCUGCAGGAGGUUGCAGAUAUCUGUUCAGGGCUUAACUCUUUCUCCAUAGACAGACUCGAUGAACCGGACUUUGAACGACGAUCUCGAGCCUUCGGCGUCAUUAACGAAGAUAAUUAUCUCUUUUAUAAUCUCAGGCAAUGGCGCCCUCUGGUUUUCAACAUGCUCUACUAUAUCAAAGACAGCGAGGAACUGAGUAUUCGGGUUAACGCGUCAUACUCCCUUCGACGAUUCAUUGAAGCCGCUUCCACAGACAGCGACAGUAGCUCUGUCGAUGAGUUCAAAGCUCUGAUAUCGGAAACUAUCCUUCCAGGAUUUCAACAGGGGUUUCGUGAGCAUUCCGAACUAGUCAGGUCAGAGUACCUCUCGGUCCUUGCACAGCUAGUGCGACGCUUCCCUACUUGGUCUCCGGUUUCCGAUCUCCACAUUCUUCUGGCAGGAGAUGAUGAUGAGGCUUCUUUUUUCACAAAUGUGCUUCAUAUUCAGCAGCACCGACGUUCCAGGGCACUUCGAAGGCUUGCAGCUGAAACACAGACCGGCCAAAUUGAUAGUGGCAACUUAGCACACCUUUUCAUACCGCUCAUAGAGCAUUUCAUUUUCGAUAAGUCGGAUGAUGAAAGUGCCCACAACCUUGCAGGAGAGGCGAUACGAACCAUCAGCUUACUUGCCCAAUAUCUUGAGUGGCCGCAGUACAGAGCGCUUCUAGUCCGAUUUACCAGCUACAUCAAAAGCAAAGAGGAUAUGGAGAAGACAGUCAUAAGACUCGUUGGAGGUAUCAUGGAUGCGCUUAGCCAUGCCGGAAUUUCUAAGGGAUACAUCGAGCCUCGAUCAACAAAUAAAGCCAAAGAAUUAGAUGCUGCGAUUACUACAGACGCGCGUUCUGUCAAUGGCGCUGAAAUAUCCUCAGUUGAUGCCGAGAUGACUGUGCCGCCCAGUCUACCUCAGACCAAACUAGCAAUGACCCUUCCAGCUCAGGGAAAGCUCUCGCAUGAUCUCAUCUCCAACAUUCUCCCAGCCCUGAUGGAUUUUCUGAACAAGAAAGAUGAGUCCACUGUCAGCCUUCGUGUCCCGAUCGCUGUUGCGGUAACCAAGGUUCUCCGUGUGUUGCCUCCAGAUCAAUUUGCGGAGAAGUUGCAUUCCGUUCUUUUGGAUGUUUGUCAAAUCUUGAAGAGUAAAUCGCAGGACGCACGAGACAUGACGAGAAACACUCUGGGCGAAAUCUCGACUUUGAUUGGGUCCAGUUACUUUGGAUUUAUACUCAAAGCCUUGCGGGCUGCUCUUCAACGGGGCUAUCAGCUUCACGUUCUCUCCUUCACGAUGCAUACACUUUUGAACAAGAUAUCAUCACCUACUGAUGACCUCGCUUAUCACCUGGCUCCUGGAGACCUCGACUACUGCCUACGAGAUAUUGUGGCAAUCAUCAUGGACGACAUUUUUGGUGUCACUGGACAAGAGAAGGAUGCAGAAGAAUACAUCAGCAAGAUGCGAGAAGUGAAAAGCAGCAAAAGCUUCGACUCUAUGGAGCUCAUUGCAAAGGGAACAACCCUGAAUCAUCUCGUUGACCUUGUUCGGCCGAUCAUGGCGCUGCUUCUCGAGAAGCUGAACAUCAAGAUGGCCCGAAAAAUUGACGAGCUGCUCCGCCGCAUCGGCUUGGGCAUACAGCUCAACGACGCUGUUAAGAAUCGAGACAUCUUAGUAUUCUGCUAUCAGCUGAUUCAAGAAGUCAAUGGCAUGCAGUCCCAAUCUAGUGCACCAGACGAUGAUGAGCGGACGAAGAAGUAUCUCAUCACUAUGAAGUCGUCCCGUGGUUCUGGAAAGGGCGCAAAGGCCUCUCAUUUCUACAAGAUGACGCGGUUCUCCAUGGACAUUCUUCAAUCCGUUCUUCGCAAGCAGGAGUCACUCCAAACGCCACAGAAUGUUGCAGGCUUCAUACCGAUCAUCAGCAACUUCCUCAUUCAGGGACAAGAAGAAGUCCAAGUUUCAGCCAUGCGCCUUCUCACGACCAUCAUCAAGGUGCCUCUUCCUCUAAUCGACAAAAAUGCUCCCCUCUACGUCGCCGAAGCUGUUCAAAGCAUCAAGAACUCGCCGUCAAGCAACACGGAACUAGCGCAGGCAGCCUUGAAACUGAUCUCUGCAAUCCUUCGCGAGAGGCGAGAUGUCAAGGUCAAGGAAAAGAACAUUGCCUAUCUGCUCAAGCAACUGAAGCCUGAUCUCGACGAGCCAGACCGUCAAGGUGUAACUUUCAAUUUUCUUAGAGCAGUGAUGGCGCGUAAAAUAGCGAUACCGGAGGUUUACGAGGUCAUCGAUGUGGUUGCUGCCAUGAUGGUCACAAAUCAGACAAGAAGUUCGAGAGAUGCAGCGCGGAGUGUGUAUUUCCAGUUCUUCAUGGAGUAUCCUCAAGCUGAGAAGAGAUUUGAAAAGCAGCUCGAAUUCUUGAUCAAAAACUUGAGCUACAAAUAUGUUGAGGGAAGACAAUCUGUAAUGGAGGUUGUCAAUCUUCUGGUCACCAAGGUCGGCGACAACAAAAUCCAGGAGAUCCUCAAGUUGGUCUUCAUACCGCUAGCGGUUCAAAUGUUCAAUGAUGAGUCCAAGGAGUGUCGGGAGAUGGCGAGUGCUCUCUUGAAAAAGGUUUUCGAACGCACGGAUGGUGAGCAGACAAAACGGAUCAUUGAGCAACUCAAGAGAUGGAUGGACCAGGACAACAAGGGCCUCAAACGACUAGCGAUGCAGAGCUUUGGACUGUUCGUUGAAGUUACAGAGGGCCAGUCGAAGGAAAUCGCGUACGUUCUCGAUCAUGUCGAGCAAAACAUCGCAGAGCACGCCGACCUCGACGAGGAUGGAUCUUGGGAGCUUAUCUUCUAUUCCCUGAAUACUUUCUCGAAACUUUGCAAAUACGCCCCCAGCAAGACGUUCGCUGUGGGUAUGGAAGGUCUAUGGACUUCGGUCCGCAGAUGCAUAUCCUUCCCACACGUAUGGGUCAAAGUCACAGCUGCCCGACUAAUCCAGCGAUACUUCGGCGACUUCGCCUCCACAAACGCCGAGACCGGACUGGAUUCGCUCCCUCUCAUCGGCUCCGGUGACCUGGAGCUCCAUGGCGGGGAAAUGCUCGACAUCAUGAACGGCACCCUAAAAGUCCUCCGAGUCCCCAAAUCCACCGACGAACUCUCGCGCGUAUCCGAGGAGCUCUGCGCAGACAGCAUCCGCAACAUCGCCUUCCUCGCGCGCUGCUUCGCCGCCAACGGACUCAAAUAUAACCGCCGCAAAGUCGCAAGCGACGACAAUGAGGACGAGGAAGAAGAAGGCCCAGCCCAGGCCUCUGACGACGACUUCGCCGGCUUCUCCCCCGAGCCAGAGGCUCUCCCAACAGCCCUUCACAUCCUCCUGGCCCGCCUCGCGCAUCUCCUCCGCGCCGAAACCAAGAUCAUGCGCCUCGAAGCGCUGUUCCCCAAGACCGCCACCCUGGCUCUGCUCUUCUCACUAUGCUCGUCCUUACCCACUGAAUCUCUAACGCCUUCUUUACCACUCCUUCUUUCUCCACUGCUCACCCUCGUCGAUCCCGCGACUACCGUGCCGCGGUCUACAGAUCCCGCGUUCAACGACGCAUACAAAGCACUUACGGAUAAAGCGCAAGAGAUUCUAUCGACGCUGCAGAAGAGACUGGGGACGACGGCAUACGUGGCAGUAGUAGGGGAGGUGCAGCGGGGAAUCCGUGAGAGGCGGGAAGGGAGGAGGGCGAAAAGGAGGGUUGAGGCUAUAUCUAAGCCAGAGGAGUUUGGAAGGGAGAAGAGGAGACGGCAGGAUGUCAAGAGGGUUAAGCGGAAGGAGAAGGGGAGUGAGGCUAGAGGUGCGAGGAGGGGAUGGUGAGAGAGAGGGACGGAUGGUGAUAUGGAGUUGCAUGGUUAAGGCGUUCGGGUAUUAGUGGAUUAUGAGGCGGUCAGGGCCUUCUGGA